AAAUGUCAAUAAAUGAUUUUAAAGGUAAAGAGUGACCUUUGUCAAGGAAGCUACAGGCUUAGGAUGGGACUACCCUCCAUGGCCCACAUUCAGUUAGGAAUUUUUACAUAGAGACUACCUGGUCCUGCCUCUUGCUCUUUUGUAUUUCUCUGCUUCUGGGCCUUAUCCCUCUGCCAAAAUCAUGCUCCACCAGAUACUUGGUCAGGCCAAGAAGUAUCCAAGCUUGGUCCUCCACUUUGUAUUUAUUGGAGCUGAAAGUACUGGGGUAGCGCUGUGUGUCUUACACCUGGCAUCGUUCAAUGCAGAUGUCUGCUGGGACAGAAAGAAUAACCCAGAACCCUGGAACAAUCGGGGUCCCAAUGAUCAAUACAAGUUCUACUCAAUGAAUUUAGGUUACAGUAAACUGAAGAGAGAAGGUCCAGACUUCUUACUGAAAUGCUUCACUGAACAGCUGCUUAGAAUGAAGAUCUUCCAGAGGCCAUCUGCACAAUUGUCCACUUACCCGGGAACUAUUUCCCCUCUAAAUGCUUCAAGUCAUGUUGGAGUACUGUGUUGGGGCUUGCACUGAUUAAUAAAUAUCUGAAACUU